AUGGGAAGCGAACAGUCACCACUUCUGCUCUACAGCAGUCUCGUUAAAGAAUCAGCACCACAAGGCAUAGAGCAACCCUGUCAAACAGGUGCAGCAAACAAUCAAGAUGAGGUCCUAAAUCUGCAAAACCCUCAUGCAAGACUUUCCCUAUCGAGAAGUCUGUCGGAAACGUGGGAUUCGUAUUACUUUAUUCUUGAAAAACAUCCGCUUCUCGUCAAAAGCAUAACCGCUUUUUUCAUUUUAGGAGGCGGAGAUCUCUGCGGACAAGGGCUCGAGCAUUGGCGUGGUACCGCACAGGUUUUCGGCAUAGACUGGGUACGUGCCGGAAGGUUUGCGAUCUUUGGACUGAUUGGUGCACCUUGGAGCCAUUAUUAUUUUCAUUAUCUGGACUACUUCCUCCCACCAUCGGAGCAUCCGUUCUCGGUGACAACUGCUCUGAAACUGCUGAUUGAUCAAGGCAUCCAAGCUCCUGCAUUGUUAGCCGUUAUCAUUUCUGCGCUCAGUAUACUCAAAGGCGAAGUGCGCCAUCAUUUUGAGGUUAUGCACAUGCUCAACUUUUGCUUUUCGAGCACAGGGAAGCUAUGGAUACCGGCAUCACUAGUGAAUCUUGCUUUUGUCAAGCCAACGUUGAGAGUCCUUUAUGUGAACGUCAUUUUUUUCGUCUGGACCAUUAUUUUGUCGGUCAUGUUGAAUCAGAGUUGA